AUGGUUACUGCGGAGGAGCAUGCACAGACGCUUGCUGAAGAGUUCGAGGUAUUGGAAAGCAUUUAUCUUGAGGGAGAGCUAGAAAGAGUCUCGGAGGACGAGCUGCAAAUCCGCGUCGUUCCAGAAGAUUUUGACGAGAGCAAGCCAGCGCCUAUAUUGCAGCUUGCGGUGCGGUAUACGCCCGAAUACCCCGAUGCGCUGCCGGCGAUUGCGAUUCGUGUCGAAGAAGACCCAUUGGGCGUGUUGGGCGAGGCACCAGACGCAGAACACGCAUCGUUUUCUUCCGAUCUACGCGCCGGUGUACAGCAAUUGCAUACAGAGCUGGAGCAGGUGGUGCCUUCGCACCUACGCGAAGCGCUCACAGACUAUAUACAGCGCAUGGAAAAAGAAGGCGCCGAGCGUGCGAGCCGUGCGCGCGAGGCGGAGAUUGCUGCCGAGGAAGAGAAAUUUCUCGGUACGGCUGUCACUGCGGAACGGUUCAAGGAAUGGCGCAUAGCGUUUAUGAAAGAGUAUACUGCUGCACGCGAAAAGUCGGAAGCAGAGCACAUGGCGACUCUGAGCAAUAGGGAGCGUGAAGAGUACAAGAAAUACAAGGCGAAGCUAUCCGGCCGUGAACUCUUUUCCAAGCCAAGCACGGCGCCAAGUGUCGAGGACGAAAAAAGUACAGACGAUUCCGUGCGCGAGGUUGAUUGGAGUUUGUACUCGCGUGAGGCACGCGAGGAGCAAGCACGCGAUGAUGCUGAGGUAGAGGAAGAGGGUAUCGUGGCGUAUUCGGACGAUGAGUAG